AUGCUUUGCGUGCUGCUUUGCUUGCUGGUUGUGUUUUUAGGGUUGUGUAUCACGAUCCAUACAAGAGCUGUUCCUGAUGGUUGCAUCGGUGUAAGACGGUUUAUACGUCUACAGCCCGCACCCAAGACCAAGGUGACUCGAGUCCUCCUAUCCAUUUUCACGCUGCUCUACACUGCGACAGGGGCGAUUUAUGCCGCGGAGCACGAUGUGAACCCGCAGUUUCCGGACUUCUUCACUGCCUUGUACUUCGGCUUGACCACGCUGACAACUGUGGGUUUUGGCGACAUUACGCCAAUCACCGCCCAAGGUCGCCUGGUGGUGGCUGCAUCCAUUCUGGCAGGAGUAGGGAUCAUCCCCUAUCAGCUGAGCAAGCUGGCAGAGGUCUUCAUGGCUACUGCGAGCUUUGAUCGGCAGGGCAUCCGCUUCCAGAGCAUACAGGAGCUUCGGUUUUUAAGAAUCUCCGGAGAGUUCGGGGCGCCAGUGCCCUUCGUGCAACGCGACCCCGCAUCGGAAGGAUGCAGCCUUCUGCUGGCGCUGUGGUCGCAGGCAGACUCGGCCCUGGUCAGUCCGACAGAGAAGUUGAAUGCUUUGACGGCUGCCACGCUGGAGUUGAAAUCGCUUACACGACGCCUCGCUGCAGUUCUUCAGUUUCUUCGAGGGCAGCUCGCUCGGGCCUUGCGGAGGGAGUCAGAAGCCAAAAGGUCUGCCAACUUCACGGACCAACAGCUGCUAGGUGGAGAAGCGGACAAGCUGGUGUUGUACGGUCGGUCCAACGAUGCGAGUAUCUGGCAGCCAGAAGCUUUUUGGGGACGCCUCGGCUUCCUUGCAGAGCUGGGUGGCAUCGAGAGCAGGAGUCUUCGCCCUGGUGAAGGACUUCUGGCCUUAGACACUUCCGAGCUGAAUGACCUGGUAAUCGUGCGGCGCCUCGCGACUCCCAGGCCAACAAUUCAAAUCAGGGAUUCGACGAUGCAGUUUAAAGGGCAAUGGUACUAUCCGAGAAAUUUUCCGGCUGUACAGAGCGCGUGCACGGACAAAGACAACUCCGUGCUGGUCCUGCUAAGCAGCAGCUCCGACGCCGAUCACGGUACCGGGCCCGGCAUCGUCCGGCUCAGGCUCCCAAAGUAA